AUGCCUUUUGGAUUGAAAAAUGCGCCAGCUACCUUUCAAAGACUUAUCAACACAAUCACAGGAAGACUUAACCAGUGUGACGCAUACAUUGAUGACGUCAUCGUGGCUACUGACGAGUGGGAUCAGCAGAUGAAGACCAUUUGGAUGUUGUUUGACUCUCUAACACAAGCCAAAUUCACUAUCAACUUGACCAAGAGUGAAUUUGUGAAAGCCACAUCAUUGACCAACAGCCACCAGAUUCUUGUGUUUGACCUCAGUGUCGUCGACACAAAGAAAACUUUACAGACAAUCCACAAGGCUCUCUUCCCUGAAAUACACGUGGUUGUUUCUAUGAGUCAAGGGCACAUGACCGAGCUGAUGAAAAUGGUUGAUUCAUUUGAUGCAAAUACAAAGGGAAUGACCGAUUUUCGACAUCAUUCAAAGUGGCUGCUUCUUCCGCAAGGAACCAUUGUCACUACGCUGUCGACCCAGAACUUGGAAAAUGUGGUUGUACUUAGUCACCAUAAGACAACGGUCUACACUAUGAAGUCCAUCAACAAUGGGAAGACGCAGUAUAAAGGAUAUGCAAUAGAUAUCUUGGAAAUAAUUGCCGAUGUUCUUAAUUUUAGUUACAGUAUCACUGAACCACAGGAUCAGUCGUGGGGACUCCCUGUCAACAACACCUAUAAUGGAAUUGUGGGGCAGCUAAACAGAACGGAGGUGGACCUUGCUGCUUGUGACUUGAUAAUGAACGAUGACCGCUCUGAGUUCAUAGACUACAUAUAUCCGCCAAUCAGCACCGAGUACAUUGAUGUUUUGUAUAAGAAGCAUGACACACAACGAAGUGGCUCUCUGUAUCUUUUGGCGCUCCCACUCAGACCCAACGUGUACCUCGUUCUGUUUCUAAUGGCCGGACUAUGCCCACUGCUUUUUGCUCUGUUCGAAAGUGCGGAUAUUUUCUUGCGCCAAACGCCUGCAGAGUCUCAAGGCUUUAGUAGAUAUCCUACAAAUGUCUCGGGGAAGAUUUUGAUGACGUCAUUGUGGAUGCUGCUGAUGGUUGUAACUACAGUCUACUGUGCCAACCUGGUCGCUGCUCUGUCUGCACAGAAGGAUGUUAAGCUGUUCUCUGACCUACAAGGGCUACUGAAUAGUAAUUAUUCUGUUGGUAUGCGACCAACCGGUAUCAAUAGUCAUAUACUGAAGACAAGAGACCCAUCAAGUUUGUACGGAAGACUGUGGUCAACAAUCAAAGCCAACGACCCGGUGUUCUUGGAAUCCUCUCUUGAAAACCAUCUAAAACGGGUCAGACGUGAGAAAUACGCUUUUGUGCAUUAUACAUCAGAACUAGAGAAGCACAUGGCUGAUGACUGCCAAUUACAGAAACUGGGAGAGAGGCUGUUUUUCACACAACAAGCAUUUGGAUUGCCCAAAGGGUCCCCUCUGAAAGCCGACAUAGAUAAGAUGUAA